CGAGUUUUGUUCGAUUGGUCGUCAUUGAGUUUUACGACGAUUAUCGUCCUUUUGUAAUGAGCUAGAACGUUCGCAUAGCUAUUAACUUUUACCUUUUUUAUUUAGUCUUUCUAUACAGUACACGUAAUUAUGCAGUAAAAUAAAAAUUGCCGAACUCUUCGCAAACACAAGUUGUUAUCAUUCGCCUAGAUUCUCAUGGAGAUUAGCCCACAUAUAUCACGACGUACAUAACAGUAAGAGCCAUCCGCCUCGGUAACUGUAAUGGAAAUCUACUUCAACUCGACCAGCAGACGGAAGAAAUCCACCGUGGAAGGCUAUAAGUGAAGUGAGCGGUGCGUGUUUAGGAAGUAAUCGUGGAGGACUGGGAGAUCGUCGACGGACGUGAUCUAUGUGCGCGUAACGGUGACAUGAGCACGAACAUCAAGCGGCGUGGAGCUAGUGGGUCCAGUUGUUCAGUGCCCGGAGUGCCGGCCCUCGUGAACGCGCCCACCGCCAUGUCUGCCGACCUCGCCUCGCUGUUUGAGUGUCCCGUUUGCUUCGACUAUGUGCUGCCCCCCAUCCUACAGUGUCAGAGUGGGCACCUGGUGUGCUCUAGCUGCCGUCCCAAGCUGUCCUGCUGCCCGACGUGUCGUGGGCCCCUCGGAAAUAUUCGCAACCUUGCAAUGGAAAAGGUCGCCAGUAAUGUUAUGUUCCCCUGUAAACAUUCUAACACGGGCUGUACUGUGACUCUUGUGCACACGGAGAAAGCUGAACAUGAAGAAGCUUGUGAAUUCAGGCCGUACUCUUGUCCUUGUCCCGGAGCAUCCUGCAAGUGGCAAGGUGGUCUUGAUCAAGUAAUGCCGCAUCUUAUGAUGUCUCACAAAAGUAUCACAACACUCCAAGGAGAAGAUAUAGUGUUUUUAGCUACGGACAUCAACCUGCCCGGUGCAGUGGACUGGGUGAUGAUGCAGUCGUGCUUCAAUCAUCAUUUUAUGUUAGUUUUAGAAAAACAAGAAAAAUUUGAUGGUCACCAGCAGUUCUUUGCAAUCGUGCAACUUAUAGGAUCUCGUAAAGAGGCUGAAAACUUUGCAUACCGAUUGGAGUUAAACGGUCACAGGCGUCGGCUAACGUGGGAGGCAAUGCCUAGAUCCAUUCACGAAGGAGUGUCAUCGGCCAUCAUGAACUCAGACUGCCUGGUGUUUGAUACAUCACUUGCACAAUUAUUUGCAGAUAAUGGCAACCUUGGUAUAAAUGUCACAAUAUCUAUUGCCUAACCAAUGUUUCUUUUUACAAUUUAUGUGAGCUAAAACUCUUGUAUUAGAUUCAUAAUUACGCAGUGUGUUACACGAAACAUGACAUAAAAGUUGGAACAAAUUUGCAAAUUUUAAAAUGUAAUUUUAUUUAGUUUUUUUUUUUUUUUCUAAAUGUAAAUAAUCUUUGUCCAUAGAUAAAUGUAAUCGUUAAUUUUCUAAAUCAUAUUAUUUUAUGAUUUACUUACCAUCUCACGUAUAUAUGACUUGUACUAUAAUUUAAAUAUAAUUGUUCAAAUGAAAGUAAGCCAAAAAAAUGUUUUUUUUUUUCUUUUCAACUUUUGUAAAUGUGUGUUCAAUAUAGUUGUAAGUAGCAGAAGUGAUUAUUUCUUGCUAAUUCAAUAAUUGCCUUGUGAACAUAGUUUAUAACAAAUUAUGACGAAUGAUGAUCGCAAGAAGGGAUUACUUAAAUUCUGUAAAAUGAACAAAUUUGUAUUUUAAAUGCAUGAAAAAAUUUUUAGUUAAUAAAAUUUAUAAUAGAAAUGUGAUGUUGCUUUACAAGUCUACCCAAUUAUGCAGAAACUCGAUUAACAAGAAUUUACAAAACCAACAAAAAAGUUCUUAAGUGAAGAAUUUUAGACACUGGUUUGACAUUUAAAAGUAAUUCAGUGUUACCUUUCAAUUAUAAAUGAUUACGAAAAAGGUACGAAUCGCGCAGAUAAGUUAUGACAAAAAAUCCAUUUUUUUUUUUCAAUUAAAAAAAAUGUACGUACUAAAUACUUUUUUCUAAAUAAAUGCUGUGUUGUCUGAUUUUAAUUUGUAUUUUAUGUAGAUUAUAUCAAAAAUACGAUUUGACCUCUGAUUCAUUUUCAUUUUAGCUGGAUGCUGGUCGGAUCUUUUCUGCAUAACAGGGUCGAAUGGUAAACAGUGCUCGAACCAACUAUCACGGUCAACGCGUGACCGAAACAAACGUACCUAUUAUUUAAACAAAUAAAAAUACGCUGAACAAAAUUGAAUGCCUUAGGACUGGUUAUAGUUUGAACUGGAUCUUGCCCACGGUACUUAUGAUUACAAUAAUAUUCUUAGAUAGAAAACAUUAAAGGUUGAAAGUAGAUCAUAACGUUUCGAAGAUACGGCUUAGUUUAGCCUGAGUGUAUGCUGGCGCGUAUAACAAAACCUUUGGAUAUGUAAAUAUGAAUCCGACAAAGUUUUUUUUUUAUUACACUCAUUAUUCAUUAUUAGGUUCAUAAUCAUAAUUUUCAUUAGUUAAAAGAAGACCAUGUUAAUUUUAAACAAUUAAUUGGAGAAAUAUACUCUGACAUUCAAUAGCAAUAAUUAUGUAACGAACGGUCACCAAAUCAACGUAUUGUUUUUUGAGUUGGCAGCAUGUACUUUGUUAUGUUUAAUGGCUUUGAUUACCACUUAACGUCAGACUGCCCGCGAGCUCCUUUUCUCAUCCGCGACAAUAACAACAUUACACGCUCGACUGCGGUAAGCCGUGUUUUGUUUUCAUUGUCCUUAUCAUAAAUACAAAUAGCACAUAAUAGAGUUUUAAUAAGUCACUCAACUAGAUUCGGAAUAUAAGUUUAAUAAUUAAAAAAUUAAUUUAAAACAGGUUUUACUUUGCUUCGAGCAAUAAUAGUUCUCUGGUGGUCACUCGGCGGGUAAUCAAAUUGCCCACCGACAAAAUAUCCAGACCCCAAAUUUUCAUAUUAUUGAAAUCAUUGCCCAGACCGGGAUUCUAACCUGGAUCUCGUCGUCUCAAUAAUCACUCACUAUUACACUUAACCUUAAUAUAUUAAUCUAUCUAGCAACAAAACAAUACAUUUCGCUUUAUUCAAAUAUUUUACUCAAAAGGUUCAGCGAAAUACAUGCUCAAAUUUUUUAAGAUUGAUUUUUUAAAACGUGGGCGUUAAGUACAAUAUUGUAAAUGCAUUGCCUACAAAUUGUUGCUCAUUUCUGUAAUAACUUACUUUUCUAAUCAUGCAGAAAUGUCACGUUACUUUUAAUUUAAAUUUUGAAUUGUCGCCAUUUUGGAAAACUAAAAAGGUUGUUUUAUUUUUCCGCAACACGCGCGCAAUGGUGAAAAAUGACUGUUAUCUUGUAUCUCUUAAGAUAAAUCUCGUCAAGUAAAAUAAAAAAUAUAAUUGAAAUAAAUUUUUGUAAUGUAAUCAAAUUA